UGCGCGCUCCCGCCUGCGGUGACGUCAGCCCCCAGUGCCUGUGGCCUCUCAAACGCCGUGACGUGUGUUGUGGAAAUGGCCGAGAAACAAACCCAGGAGACAAUGUUAAUCUUUUUAAGUCCACAAAAGAGCCAAAGCAGUUGAACGACGUGUCUCCAGCGGAAACGAAGGACGUCGCGAAGGUAACUAAAUAGGAACCGACAACGGGACUCGAACCGCCCGGCCAGCGCCUUUUCUUCCCCGGGGCCGGAGAAGCCACCAUGGAGGACAUCAACUCCAACAUUAACGCCGACCUGGAGGUGCGGAAGCUCCAGGACUUGGUCAAGCAGCUUGAGAAACAAAACGAGCAGCUCCGGGGUCGCUCCAUGAUGAUGUCCGGCCACCACAGACCCCACAGCGCCGGCUACGAGUCGUUGUCACUCUCGGCGGGCGACACAGGCGGCUUCCCCGGGGUGGGGUUCGCCGGCACAGGCGGUUACGGCGACCUGUUGGAGAACCGCCGCUGCCGGAGCCCCCGGUUGUCCUACGACGGCGUCAGCUUCAGGAGGGCGUACGGCUGCGACGGCGCCUCGGCCGCCACCUCCGGGUCUAGCCGGAACUCGCGUUAUUCGGACGACGAGGGCGAAACGUCGAUUUUGGACCAGGUGGAGAUCUUAGACCUGGAGGACAUGGACUGUCUGCAUGAGGAUGACGACAGCUGGCUUUAUGAGGCCAAACUGAACAGUCCUCUGCAGAAAGCGCUGAGCCCUGUGGUGUGGUGCCGCCAGGCUCUUGACAACCCCAGCCCCGACAUGGAGUUAGCCAAGCGAUCUCUCAUCCACAGACUGGACGUCACCAUGUCAGCCAACAAGCAGAGAAGUCUCUACGGGAGCAGCUACAACCAGCAGGUGAACUAUGGUAGCCCGUACUGCACAAACGCCGCCAACAGCCCCUACAGCAGCGGGUUCAACUCGCCCUCGUCCACGCCCAGCAAGGUGCCCAUUGUCAGGCAGCAGCUGAUGCCUGUAAACACAGCACAUCAGCGAAAUGCGGCAUCAGAAAGGAAUCCGCCAGCCGUCAGCCCGCAGUCGUCAGUGGACAGCGAGCUGAGCACCUCCGAGAUGGAUGAAGACUCCGUUGGCUCCUCAACGACCUACAAACUCAACAACGUCAACGACGUCCAAAUUCUAGCGCGAAUGCAGGAAGAAAGUCUGAGACAGGACUACGCCGCCUCGGCAUCUAGGCGGAGCUCGGGUUCGUCCUGCCACUCGCUGCGGCGCAGCACCUUCAGCGACCAGGAGCUGGACACGCACAGCCUAGAGGACGAUGAGGAGGCGGUGCACCCAGCAUUCCACUUGCCCGCCAACCGCUUCAGCCCCUCCCCUCGCCACUCCCCCCGUGCCUCCCCCAGGAACUCACCCCGUUCACGCUCCCCCGCCCGCUCCAUUGAGUACAGCCAUGGCCGCGGAUCACCUCAGCCCGUCAUCAGCCGCCUGCAGCAGCCUCGCCACUCGCUGCAGGGACACGGCCACGAGCUCCAGACCAAUGUGGUGAAGAACGAAGAAAAACUGCGUCGUAGUCUUCCCAAUCUCACGCGCUCUUCUGCAGCAGCACCUCAGGCCCCAGAGCCCGUCAAGAACAGCCGAAGCUGUGAGUCUAACCUGCAGGUGCCAAACGGCGGGUCUCCUCGACACCAGAGCCCGUCAGCUCCAGCACCUCAGCUCCUGAGACACUCAAGCCCCUCUGUCUCAGCCCCCAAAUCCAAACAGCACCUUCAAAGCCCGGCUGCCCGGCGAGUUCCAGCGUCCAGUAAGCUGCGGACUCCGGCCACACCCUCGCCGCUCGCCUUGAGGCAGCCCGUCAAGGCCACGGUCAACCCCGGCUCUGUCGCCGGUUCCACACCCGGACGCUCCCUGGUUCCGCCCCGCAGCGGCCUGCCUCGCCCAAGUGCCCCGGCGGGCGGUGGGGGCAUCCCUCUACCGCGAAGCAAGUUGGCGCAGCCUGUACGCAGAUCUCUUCCAGCUCCGCGAAUCUACAGCGGCACCAGGGACAACUUGAGGGAGGGCUACUAGUGUGCUGCUGAGGGGAGCCAGCAGGGGGCGCACCCCUCACACAUAAGGAGGAAGACCGCAUGGCACUUUAUCUACCUUGAUGGCUUUUCAAUGACAAUGCCCCAGAAAUAUAUUAGAACAAAACAAAAAAGAGGAAGAAGAAGGAGCCCCCCCAUUAUAUCCAGGAUGCGUGCAUGCAAACGGCCUAAAGAGAACGCCAAAGAACAAACGCCUCCCGCUGGCCUCAUUGGGUUGCUCAAAUGUUCCCACGUCGCCUUCCUUACUCUCGGCGACAUCUGGGAAGACACCAACGAGCGACCUCUUGACAAAUUGUGAGUGACCUUCGUGACAAUGCCAAUGGAGAACGGCGGCCACCUUCAAAAUAAAUCUUUCCUCUUGUAAAAAAGCACCCAGAGAGAAUGCACAAAUUAAUUUAUUACUCCAUGGGGGCCUCCGCUGUUUGGACACGUAUCUCUUUAUAGGAGUGCGUUGAUGUUUUCAUCAUCUUCCAAAAGUAGGAUUUUUGAAACACGGGAGCCGCCAGCUUGCUAUCACACAAUUAUGUUACUAAACAAUUAAUAUCAUCAUAGUUGGUAGUACCCCGCCUUCCGCCCGAUUGUAGCUGAGAUAGGCGCCAGCGCCCCCCGUGACCCCGAAAGGGAAUAAGCGGUAGAAAAUGGAUGGAUGGAUAGUUGGUAGUUUAGUUAUCAAACUUUAGUUCAUAUUCAAACAUGCUGAACAAAGUUGUGUUACGUGUUUACCCCUGCACAAUUAAGCAUGUCUGAAAAGGAGCCGAGUCGAUUUAAUUUUACCCCUUUUUUGUGUUCAUUUCCUGUGUUCGUCACAUAACUAAAUAUUUAAUAGGAAACGAAAAGGAUAAAUAAUAUGUAAUAAUAUGGAAUGUUUGUGCAGUGCAUCUGGAAAGUAUGUAGUUAUGUUACAGCCUUUUUCCCAAAUGGAAUAAAUUAAUAGUCGUCCUCAAAAUUCUACACACAAUACCUUACAAUGACAAUAUGUAAGUUAUUUUUUAGAUAAUUUAGCAAUUAUAAAAAAAAUAGAAAACUAAGAAUUUACAUGUCGAUAAGUGUCCACAGCCUUUGCUCAAAUCAAUAAUUGAUGAAUCUUUGGCAGCAAUUACAGCCUUAAGUUUUUUUUUUCGAUACAAUGCCACAAACUUGGCAAACCUAUCUUUGGGCAGUUUUGACCAUUCCUCUUUGCAGCACCUCUCCUGCUCCAUCAGGUUGGAUGGGAUGCGUUGGUGCACAUCUAUUUCAAGAUCUCCCUAGAGACGUUCAAUUGGAUUGUUACGGCUACUCUUGCGUUCCAAGAAAGUUUCGAAAAAAUAAAAAUAAAGUUAGCAGAGUAGCCCUGAGGAGGAGGUUUAUGACGCACUAAAUUCUUGAAUAAGCACUCGCGGAGAUACUUCCAGAUUCAAAAUGUUGAUAAUUUAUUUUCACAAACAAAAAUAUUCUCUGUGGUUGACUUCUUAUAUAAUAAACAUAACCUAUUUAGUGGUAAACAAACUAUAUCAGCCCUCACUCCUUCAGCAUGACAGACAGACAAAGGCAGCGCCCAGCUGUGCUGUCUUCUUAAUUAUAGGAGGAGGAAGUGGCUCACCAGGAGGAGCGUGAGCAGCUGAACACAAUAAUAAUUAAUCUAAAACAUCCAAUAAUCAAUCAACAUCAUCAUUGGCAUUGGAAUCCAUUGUCAAAACAAUUAAUAUAUAAAUAGGCUCCAACACGGAUUAUCGUCUGGGCUCUGGUUGGACAUUUACAGAGUUGUCCUAAAAGAUGAACCAUCGCCCCAGUCUGAAUUCAAGACCAAUCUGGAGCAGGUUUUCAUCCAGCAUGUCUCUGUACAUUGCUGCAUUUAUUUUUCCCUCUAUCCUGAAUCGUCCACCAGUUCCUGUCGCGGAAAUUAAUUCCCACCGCAUGAAGCUGCCACCACCAUUCUUCCCUGUAGGGAUGGUAUUGGCCUGGUGAUGAGCGGUGCCUGGUUUCCUCCAAACAUGAUGCCUGGCAUUCACACCAAAUAGUUCAAUCUUUGUCUCAUCAGAUCAGGGAUUAUGUUUCUCAUGGUCUGAGAGUCUUUCAGGUGCUUUUUGGCAAACUUUUUACAAAUAAAUGGCUUCUGUCUGGCCACUCUACCAUACAGGCCUGAUUGGUGGAUUGCUACAGAUAUGGUUGUCCUUCUAGAAGGUUCUCCCCUCUCCACAGAGGAAUGCUGUAGCUCUGACAGAGUGACCAUUGGGUUCUUGGUCACCUCUCUUCUCCCCUGACUGCUCAGUUCAGACGGUGGGCCAGCUCUAGGAAGAGUCCUGGGCCCUCAUGUACAAAGCUUGCAUGCGUACAAAAACCUGCCAUAUGCCCUUUUUUCACAGCAAUGAUGAGAUGUAUCCAAACGGACGUUGGCGUGGAAAUGUGCGCUGCCUCACGGCAACUUGAUAACACAUUUCUAGAGGCCGUGUAGACUUAAGCAACACACAGACAUGAUGCUGGGUAAAAGCUCAAGUAAAAAAUGCCAACUCCUCUGACUGAUUGAUGUGCCUAUCAGAGACGUACACUAUAUUGCCAAAAGUAUUUGGCCACCCAUCCAAAUGAUGAGAAUCCGGUGGCCUAAUUGAUUGAUUGUGUAUAAAAUACACAUGGAGACUGUUUCUACAAAAAUUUGUGAAAGCAAGAUCAAUCAAUCAAUCAAUCAAUGUUUAUUUAUAUAGCCCCAAAUCACAAAUGUCUCAAAGGACUGCACGAAUCAUUACGACUACAACAUCCUCGGAAGAACCCACAAAAGGGUCCACUAUGGACUGGACUCUCACAAUAUUAUGCGAGAUCCACUCGACGUCCAUUGGACCAGUCACCCCACAUCUGCGGUCCCCUCCAAGGUAUCUCAUUGUCCAUUGGGUUGAGAUUUUCCUUGCCCUGAUGUGGGAUCUGAGCCGAGGAUGUCAUUGUGGCUUGUGCAGCCCUUUGAGACACUCAUGAUUUAGGGCUAUAUACGUAAAGUAAAUAUUCAUUGAUUGAUUGAUUGAUUGUAUAUAGAAAGGUGUGUCUUUCCAAAUCAUGUCCAACCAACUUAAUUUACCAGAGGUGGGCUCCAAUUAAGCUGUAGGAACAUCUCAAGGAUGAUCAGUGGAAAGAGGAUGCACCUCAGCUAACAUUUGAGCUUCAUGGCACACAGGCUGUGAAUACUUAUGUGAUUUCUUACUUUUAAUAAAUGACCAAAAAAUUCUAAACAAAAAUCUUUUCACAUUGUCAUUACGGGGUAUUGUGUGGAGAAUUUAGAAGGUACAAAUCCAGUCAUUGCAUUUUGGAAUAAGGUUGUAACAUAACAAAAUGUGAAAAAAGUGACGUGCUGUGAAUACUUUCCAGAUGCACUGUAUGUGGUGAAUCAGGAUGUUCCCAUCUCUUCUAAAUUCUCCACCAUAACGCUAAUGCUAAAGACAUUUGACUCCAGGUGGGAUGUUUACCUGGCAAACUAUAGCCUGUGAUGUGAUGUCAAAAAAAGAAGACGCCACCCAUGUUUUUCCAAGAGGAUACUUUGUAUUUUAAUACGUUUUAUCAGCGCAUUUCCUCUAAUAAGUUGUAUCCAAAUAGUGGAGGAUCCCCUUUAAAGACGUCACACGUCCUUAUCAGUAUUUUUUUCCUUCACAUGUUGAACCUCGAUUGCAAGCUAAUGCUCCAAAGCAUUUUUUUUUUCAGUUGCUGUCUUUCCAAAGGCUCAAGUUGUAGAUUUUUCAUGAAGUGCUUUGAUCUUUUUGCUACGGUUCAGGUCUGAAAGUCUCAGGCAGAUCCAAGGUGACAAAAAAAAAAAAGAAGACGAAACCAGUGGCACUGACACUUCCAACCCCCUUUUUACCAUGACAGGCUUGAUUGUUUUAUCGACUAUCGGAGCACACGGUGAUGUCGUACACUUUGAAGCAAAGUUGGCAGAAGUCAGCCAUCUUUGCUCCUUUCUGGGACUUAAUGACGACGUCACAAUCAAAACUAGCUUCUUUUUUGCCACUUUUGUUUUUGUUUACAAUUUAAGCCAAUUAUUUUUUUUGAAUUCCAUGCAUCCCCUCAAACAACUUCUCAGUGUCAUUCAUGGUUUAAACAUUAAAAAAUAAAAAGGUUGACGAUGCCAGAAGAAGAAAACAAAGAGUGUCGAUGUUGUGGAAGCUCUUAUGCUAAAUUGGUGUGGUGGUUUGUUUAACUAGUGCCUAAUUUUAAAAGUGUCACAUGAUCUCAAGUGUCUGUUCAUUUUCAUUUCUGUUGUGCCAAUUUCUGGUUUUGCAAAGUUUACCGUCAUCUUUGCUUUGAACAUUUGUUUUUGCCUGCCUGCCUAUUUUUGUAAUGAAAUCAAUACAUUUAUUAUUAUAAUUAUUCAAAAUGUUUGAAUAUGCGCCUUCAUAUUUAUAGCUUAUUACUCAUUGUGCAAAUUUUAAAUAACGACUAUUUAUUAAGAGAGAGGUGCCUCGAUCAGUGGGAAGAAUGUCGCAAAAAGACCAACCACACCUUUUGUGUGACACUUUUUGUUAUUUGAUCCUUUUUUUAAAAUCUACAAACAUGACAUUGAGUUCUUUGUGUAAAGUCACAUUUCAAAUAAAAGUGGAAUUAUUUUAA